AUGGGGACUUCCUAUUCUGGAACACCUGAGAAUAUAAAACCGGAGAUAAAGUAUUUGCAGUGGCAGCAAAAGUACGGGGAUAUUUUCCGUAUUCGCUUAGGUAGUUGGAAAACGAUAAUUGUUAAUGGAUAUGAAGCUAUUAAAGAUACAGUGGAGCAAAAGGACGAUGUCUUCUCGGGUAGACCCGACUUAACAACCCAAAUUGCUUCCAAAGAAGCAUUGGAUGGUAUAGAAAGUAUGUCGUUGUGUAACUGUUUCACCCACGUGGACCAAUUUAAAACAGCGUUAAAAGCAACUGCUUGUGUCGCAAAAUCGAAAAUUUCUGAACACAAAACUUCAUGCAUAAAUGACCAAACAAGAGAUAUUCUAGAUGCCUUAUGUGAGCUAUCAGAGGAUUUACCUGAUAAUGAUAGUGACGGUAAUAUAUCAGCCACACUUUUACAAUUUCAAAUUUGGACAUUGCAAGGUGCCGGGUUUGAUACAACAAAUCGCCUGUUACUGUUCAUCAUCUUAUAUCUGACUAAAUACCCAGACGUACAGGAGCGUGCACAGAAAGAGAUUGAUCAAGAGUUAGGAAGUUACAGGAAUAUCUCUUGGGAUAAUCAAACUAAACUCCCGUACGUAAUGGCAACUAUUCUUGAAGUAAUGCGAAAAACAACCAUAGUUCCAUUUGCCCUGCCCCAUUAUACCCUCAGAGAUACGAAAUUGCAAGAAUACGACAUCGAAAAAGACACGGUUGUUAUCUUUAACCUUAAUUCAGUUGCUUAUGAAGAGACAUAUUGGGGUGAUCCUGAUAACUUUAGACCAGAAAGACUUCUUGAUGAUUCCGGUAAACUUGACAGGGAAAUGUGCUCGCAUAUUUAUCUACUUUCAUUUGGUGCUGGAAGGCGACAAUGCCCCGGUGAGACUUUAGCGGAAAUGGACAUUUUCAUUGCAACUGCAACCUUGUUACAGCGCUAUUCGCUUCGGAAAGAUGACGACCGUGACCUUGAUCUUGAACCUAAUCGAGGUCUAGUUCUCACACCAAAACCAUAUUUAAAGUUAUCGUACAACGAAGAACGUAGAUAAGGUUGUCGUCAUCAA